AUGCCAUUAGUACAUGCUCUUUCUGAAUGGUAUAUGGAAACAUUAGUUGGAAGUGGAGUGGAUGGAUUUUGGAAAGGAGGAGAUAACAUUCCAACUGAACUAGCAGGUAGAUCUCAUCAACAACCGUGUUUCGACUCUUUAUGGUACUGGACAACCAAGUUCGGUUUCUUACCAGACCUCUUAAUUGAUAACCAAGGAAACAUUUUAGUUGUAGAUUCCACUCAAAGGGUACGAAAAAUCAACAAGAGUAAUGGAAUGUACACCACAGUGAACACUUUGAUUGGAACAGGUGGAGUAGGAAAUCUGGAUUCGCCUGCAAAACACUUUUUAACAAGUAACGGAGAUUUGUUCGUCACCCAGAGAGGUUAUAUUUCAAAAUACUCAGCAGGCACAUUUUCCGAUGUAUUAGGUACAGGCUCCAAUUCUAUCACAGCAGCAUAUAUCUCAAUCGAAAAAGAUUUAUUUAACUUGAUUUCAAACGUUGCCUUGGAUGAGAAUGGAAACCUUUAUAUUGCAGAAGGAGGAGCGAACAAGAUUAAGAAGGUAUCCAAAAGCACUGGAAUUAUUUCUUUGGUAGCUAGUGAUAUGUCAUAUUCCGACUGCCCAGAUGGAACGGAUCCCUUGGUUUGUGGCGUCAUGGUACCUCGUGCGGUUGCUUUCUAUAACGGUGAGAUGUACUAUUCCACAGGCGGUAGGCUUAUAAGAAAGAUCUCCAAAGUUGAUGGAAAGGUUUAUACUGUUGUAGGAGGAGGAUCAUCAACGAGUGAUAACAUUCCUGGUACAAUGGCAUCGGGAAGUUAUUUCUAA